GGUAUGGUUUGGGGACUCUUACAUCACGUGCCACAGUUCAUGGAGUCGGACAGCAAAGGUUUCCAGCCCUGGAAAGACUAUAUAGGACUGUCGGACACAAUCAGAAAGAUCCUGGGCCGGAACACUGCCACUGAGUUCCCACUGCCGGCCUCCAAAGCUCCGCAGUCGGAUUCGGAUGACAUCUGCAAGGCACUGAUGUCCGUGCGCAUUAACGCAGUUUGCCAAAGUGGCAACCUCGGCGCAGAACGCGCACCAGAUUUAGCAGGUGAAUCUGCACUGCCUGGCCCUUUGGCUCACCAGCGUCCACCUGGUGGUUUGUGGUACACCUCAGACUCCUUCCCUGCUGAUACACCAAACUCGUUGGGUUUGAAGCUGGUACCGAGACCGGCGGGCUGCCGGGGGCCAAAAGAGCGCAAGAAGACCACUCGUUUCAAAUCACCGGAUCCGCAGGCGUUACCUCCCCCACCUGAGCGCAUGUUCUGCAGCUUCUGCAAGCACAACGGGGAGUCCCAGUUAGUGUACGGAUCCCACUGUCUGAAGAACAAGGCCGGAGAUGUUUUGUGUCCCUAUCUGCGGCAGUAUGUGUGUCCCCUGUGCGGGGCCACGGGGGCCAGAGCUCACACCAAGCGCUUCUGUCCAAAAGUGGACCUGGCCUACAGCUCUGUGUACGCCAAGUCCAGACGCUGA